CUGUAAUAUCUAAAAGCAUAGUAUAUAAAGGGGCAAUCUAUACAAUCGGUUUAGUUACAACUCGUCUGUCCUCCAUAUUUCAGAAAAAAAAAUCACCAUGGUACAAUUAGAAGGUACUUACCAGUUCGUCUCCGAGCAGGGAUACAAAGAGUAUUUGAAGACUUUUGGUAUACCCGAUGAAACGGUUGAAAUUAUGGCCGCUUCUACUGAACCAAUAGUCAUCUCUUCCGUUACUAGUGACAGUAUUACUAUUAAUUAUGGAACUAGUGAUCCCGUUCUACCAUUCGGAAAACAAACUGAAGUUCCUUUGGCCGGAGGAAGAACUGUUAAGGUGACCCCCACUGUAAAUGGAGACACCAUAACCUUAAACAGCGUAUUCCAAGCAAAAUCGGAAAUUAUCGAGGAAAAAGUUUUAAAGAUUACAGACUCUGGAUUGACAUCUACUUUAACCAACUCCAAAGGAGGAAAAGCCGUGCGUAACUACAAGAGAGCUUAAGUUUAAUUUGAAUAUAUUUUUUUAAAUAAAUGUAGUUUUUUAUGAAAAUCAUA